AUGUCGUUUGUAAACACCUAUACCCCACCCAACAAGAGAGACAUCGACGUGUCCUUCAUGGACCCAUAUGACCUCAACAGUACCAUCCCCGUUCUGCCCAUUCUCGAAAGCGAUCGCGUCUGCCUUGUCCCCUUCAACCCAGCCAUCCACGCAGAGGCAUUCCACAUGGCAUACGUCGCCGACAUCGAGUCCAUUGACCGAUACUUCCCUGUCGACUGGUCAACCAUCGACGCCUUCCUCGCCUUCCUCGAGUCCUUCAUUCGACAAGAUCACACCUCGGUCCUCUUCGCCAUCAUCGACAAAACGCGCCCAAGCGAAAACCCCGCACUCAUCCCGCAAGGACGCGUCGCCGGCGUGAUUGGGUGGGCCCACGGCUCGCUCGCGCAGCUCUCCAUGGAAUUCGGUCCGGUCGUCGUCCUGACCGCAUUCCAGCGCACGUUCGUCUCUGCCAACGCCAUCGGGCUUUUGCUCAAGUACGUCUUGGACACACCAGAGGAAGGUGGGCUGGGUUUCCGCCGUGUGGCAUGGUGCACGAACCCUAUGAACGUUGCGAGCAUUGGCGCGGCGGAGAAGAUGGGCUUUACGAAGGAAGGAGUGGUGUCAGAGAUCUAG